UAUGCACUUGCGAUUGAACUACAUGACGGCACUUCUACAAUUAUUAAUCGAUGAAUAUUCGCAGCUGUUCAUAGUUUAACAUCCGUUUCCUCCUGAUUAAAGGAUACAAGAGCGAUUAUAGAUUUAACAAACUUCAUUACUUUUACUAUCUUAAAUAGACUCACAUCGAUCUGAUGGUACAACUUAACAUUAAGAUUUAAAAAAAUAGCAUCUUUAAUUUAAUUAUGUAAGAGUUAAUUUACAUAUAGUAGGAUUUGUAAUAUUGUUACAAGAGAUUGGUCUUAAUUCACAUCCUAUUCCAUAAGUUCCAUUAGUUUAAAUUUUUAAUUGGCAUUCAUUAAAUUUUCUAAAAUUUAAACAUUCGCCUCAGUUUAAGCAGUUAAAUUUUCGCUACAAAUUACAUCUUUACAUCUUUGAUUUAUUAAAUCCCAUUUACAAGGUUAUUAAGAUAAUGUUAUCACACAUUAUUAUUCAAGUGCAUAAUCACAAUAAUUUGAAAGAGGCUAACAAUAACUAACAAUGUUAUUUAUAGUACACUUAGAAAGGAAGUUUUCACAAUCUUGAUGUGUUAAAUCUCCAUAUAUUCUCUAUUAACAAUCAUUAUCAUCAAACUCAUCAAAACAUUGUUGUUCAACAUCACUCCAAUAACAAUAUUCACCUGACAAAUUUGUUUUGCAGUUUCUUUGCCUUAUAUAUUCAAAGCAGUUUGCCUUCUUUAAUUCACAUCCUAUUGGAUUAAAGGAAGAAAUAACAGUACAUUUAGGAUUCCAUGCUUAACAUUCUUAAUGUGUAUCAUACAUCAUAUUAUUAGGUGAUGAUGUACAAUCAACAGAUAUAGGUCUAUUCAUGCACCCUCCAGAAAUGGAAUUAUAUAUGCAAUAAUCUAACCAGGUAUUGCAUUCAAUAUUAUUAGUAUAAUUAAUUUUAGAAGCAUCUGAACAUUCUAAUGUUUUACAUAGACUACCAGUCCAAAAACACUUGGUUUCAUCUUAUAAAUUUAAUUUACACUAAAAUUCACUAAUUAACUCUUCGCAAUUAUUUGGCCAUUAU